GCGAAUAAGAGAGUUGAUUUAACAGUAUAUAAAGCCACUGAGUUGACCACCCAUGUGUUUUGGGUAAACUGAAUUCACCUGAUUGGAAGCAAAAUGUUGACCACAAGGAUUGUGCUUGUAUUCAGCUGUAUGUUCACAGUUGCAUGGGCUUCAAGCAGUCCUCAGGGUUUAAGGUUCAUGACCGUGGGUGAUUUUGGUGGUCUCCCUUCCAAACCAUACUACACAAACUUGGAGAAAACAGUUGCUCAUGGAAUGGGGCAAAUUGCAGAAAAGUAUCAAACCAAGUUUACCUUAGUACUUGGAGAUAACUUUUACUACAAAGGUGUUAAAGAUGCACAUGAUCCCAGGUUCAAGGAAACUUUUGAAAAUGUAUUCACUCACCAAGCACUGCAGACUCCAUGGUAUGUAAUAGCAGGCAACCAUGACCAUAACGGAAAUGUUGCUGCACAAUUUGAGUAUUCCAAACUGUCACACAGAUGGAAAUUUCCAACUUAUUAUUAUCCCCUUCACUUUACUAUCCCUGGCUCUAAUGCCACAUUGAGCAUCUACAUGCUGGACACUAUUGUGAUGUGUGGAAAUGUCAAGAGUGACUUCGAUGAUGAACAGCCUCAGGGGCCAGAAGAUAUUGAGAAGGCCGAGGCAGAGUUGCAAUGGCUUGAAAACAACCUCAAACAUGACAGGGCUGACUAUGUCAUAGUUACUGGCCAUUAUCCAGUGAUAUCAGUUGGAGAACAUGGACCAGCCUUGACUAUGACAAAGAAGUUGAUGCCUUUGUUGCACAAGUACAAGGUGACAUCAUACUUUGCUGGACACCAACAUAGUCUGCAGUAUCUGCAACAUACCAUGAUGGGCACCGCUGUGGAUUAUUUUAUCAUAGGAUGCGGGAACUGGUGUUCCCACUCUAAAAAGCACAAUGAUGUCCCUAGUGGUUCACUGAAGUUCCACUGGUCUGACACACACAGAGUUGGUGGAUUUGGCUACAUUGAUGCAACACCUCAAGCCAUGACCUUCUCAUUCAUUGCAGGGGAUGGGAGACAAGUGUUUAGCCACACCAUGAAACCAAGAAAAUUAUAAAAGAUCAUG